AUGGACGAUUCACCUUGCUUCACCUUUGGUCACUUCUCCUCCGGCGACGUCAGGCCUUCCUCGUUACAAAUCGACCAACGAUAUCGUGGUGAAGCUUGGCUGCCAAGCUAUGACCUUACGCUGAGGGAGAGUGCUUGGCUUGACACCUUAAGGCAGCUACAGGCCGAUGUUCCUUUACUCAUGAGAUGGUAUCUUCUGAUUGACUUCCAUGGUGUUAUUAGGUUUCACUCAAACACUUUGGAUCUAUUUUUAUGUAUGUUGGCCAUGAGGGUGGAGCCUAUGCAAAGAACAGCUUUGGGAAUGUGUGAGCUUGCACAUACAUUGCAGUUUUUGGCAUCAGUUGUAUCUCAAAGCUUCUUGGCCUUUGGUGACAUCUUGGAGCUGCAUAGAAAGUUCAUCGAACUGUCUGGUGGUGUUAAUUGGAUUUUUGAACUUGAGGAACUUCUUGAUGCUGCACAAUCUGAUGAAAAUGCUGGUGCUUCAUCAAAGUCCAAUGAGGAAUCUGAGGAUGUUAUCUCUCUUUUGGAGGUUGAUAUUAUCAUUCCAAUGAGGAAUCUGAGGAUGUUAUCUCUCUUUUGGAGGUUGAUUUGUUGUUCAUCAAGUUGGUUGGUAUGCACCCUAUUCUAUGUCCAACACAACAAGGAUGAUGAUGGUGCAUUUAUAUCUUCUUAA